CGCAAGGGGGAGGGGCUUUGACGAGGUUGGGGCCGCGCCCCUUCCCUAUGGGAGCCAAUGGAGGUCUCUAUGGGUUAUUGAAGGCACGGCCCCUUUAAGCCCCGACCGGAAGUCGCCGCCGAUGACGUCACUUCCGCCCCGGAAGCGCCGCCUGCGCCGAGCGCUCUGAGGCCUCCGCCCAUUGCCCAAUGGCCAAGCGCUCCGUGACCUUUGCUGACCUCGAGGGGGAGGGGCCAGAGGAGGAACCGCCCCUCCCCCCCCGCAAGAGGGCCAUGAGCCGCUUCCCAGGGCAGCCCUCAUUGGACAGUGAUGAGGAAGAGGAGGACGAGGAUGAGGCCGAAGGAAGCAGCGACUUCAACCUCUUCCUGCCCCACGGUUCAGAGGAGUCACCGGAAGGGGCGGGGCCAGAGGAGGGGGAGGGGCCCGUGACGCCCUUUGACCUCGGGCCCGAAUUGGCCGAGGGGCACUUUGACCCCGCGGGUCACUUCCUGUGGCAUCCGGCUCCGCCCCCUGACCCCUGGCUGGAGGCCAUUGAGGGGCUCCCCAUCAAGCCCCGCCCCCCAGCCCGUGACGUCACCGCCUCCCCCCCCCCCCUCCCCUCCCCCCCUCGUUGA